GAUGCGGCUCGAGGACCCGAUCGACCGCGAGAAACACUGCCCCUUCCUGCUGCGCGUCUUCUUCAGCAUGGGGGCGCACAACAGAACCGACGCGUUCGAAGCCCUGGACGACAAACCGAUCGCCAACGAGCUGCACAUUUACACGUGGCCCGACGCCACGCUGCGCGAGAUCGCAGACCUGGUGCAAGACUCGAACACCGAAGCCCAGAAGCCCAACAUGCGUCUCAGCAUCUGCGUUGUGUCGGAGACGAGGGACGGAAGAGUGCUCAUGCGGAAGGUUGGCUACGUGAACAGCAGCCGUCGUCGGUGCGCGGACGACAGCAAGACGCUCGCGAGCGUGCGCUUCCAUCCGGGCGACCUGGUGGACAUUGCCAUGGUCGAGUGAGUCGACAGCAGACUGUCAUGUAGCCAUGUUAGCUUGUGUGUCUAAAAUGCAAACGCGUCUGAAUUUC